AUGGACCAGGUGGAGGCAGAAGUCCAGGUGGAGGCAGAAGUCCAGGUGGAGGCAGAGGUCCAGGUAGACGUCUGGGUGCGAGGUAUAGUUGUACUGGCCUUCAGACCUGAUGGAGGUCUGGAUGUGAUGGUGCAGACGGAACGUGACGAAGUGGACAAUCGUCAUCAGGAGGAGCAGUGGGCUGUAAACACACAGCCUGCAGGUCAGUUUCCUCCGUGGCCGCUGGGGGCGCUGCGCCACAAAACGCAGGCUAUGGGAGUUUCCGGUUCCGGGUGGUCAGUGUUUGUUGUGGUCCGUUGUGGUUCUCUGGCUUCAGUAGCGUCCCUUUUACCCACACAAAUGUACCGAGCUCCGGUCAGACCACAACGGAGUCCCGGGGCUCCGCGGCCGCCGAGCAGGUUCCCCUCUCCGUCCCGGGACGCUCUCGGCCAUCGCUCUCCCUCCGCGGGUCUCCGGUUCGGAGGCUCCGGGCCGCACGGAGGCUCCCCCCGGGGCUGCCCGCCUUUCUCGCCGGGUUCGCCGUGUUACUCUCCGGGUCCAGUCCGGGGCUACAGGAGCUGUUCUCCAGGCGGGUUCAGAGACUCUCCGCCGGGUUUCGGCGGUGGCGGAGGUCGCGGCUUCGGGGGACACACGCGGCGCAGAGGAGACGAAUUCCGGCGUCCGCAGCCUUUCAGUCCGACAUCGGGUCCGCGAGCUCAGGCUGGAUCUUCAGACUCUGUGGAAAAAUACUUCAGUCCUUCAAUGCUGCAGGAUCCAUGGAACGACUUGACGCCAAUGAGCGCUGAGGCUGUAAAACGUAAACACAGCUGACAGUAAACAACAACAACAACGCCUGUAAAUGACAGCCUCCCAUUGGCUGUUUGUUGGUCACCAGCCAUCGGCAGCUUCGUGAACCUUCAGGGAACAAAGAUUCACUUCCUUUUUAAAAGUGUUUUGUAAAUUUUAAUUCCCAUUUCUUAUGUUUUAUUGACAGAAUGAUAAACCUGAUUAUUUUUUAAAAUAAAUGAAAACUGUCGACUUUGUACUGAGUCAGUUUCUAUGAGUUUAA